GCCUUCUGGUCGGCGUGGUAUGACUCUUUGUGAAAAGACAAUAGCGCAUGCUGCCAUUGGUCUUCCGCCACCUGGCCAUGUAAAACCCGGUGAUAUGGUCUGUGUAUCUGUUGAUUGGACUUUAGCAUCUGAACUUACCUGGAAGGGCAUGGAAAAGACGUAUGACGUUAUGGGUCGACCAAACAUUCACCGUAACGACCGAUUUUGGCUUGCAAUCGAUCAUACGGUUGAUCCUAGAAUUAAUCACCUUCCGAAACCUUCUGAACUAAUUCGUGCCUCAGAAACUUUUGCCAAAGAGGCCAAAUUAAUUGAUUUUUAUCGCCCUAAUCAUACAAUUUUACAUACUGAAUUUUACCGAACACGUGCGCAACCUGGUCAAAUGAUCAUUGGCGCUGAUUCGCAUUCAUGUUCCGCGGGUGCAGUGAGUUCAUUUGCCGUAGGACUUGGUGCAGCCGAUGUUGUCAUGCCUUUAGUAACCGGAGAGACUUGGUUUAAAGUUCCAGAAACUGUCGAGAUUAGGUUUGUUGGUAAACCACCUUUUGGUAUCGGGGGCAAAGAUGUAAUUCUGUAUGUACUUGGGAAGCUUAAACGAAACACAGUUGCAUUUGAGCGUGCAGUAGAAUAUACUGGUCCUGGCUUAAAAUACCUUUCUUGCGACGCUCGUUUUGCUAUUUCAAAUAUGGCCACCGAGUUUGGUGGUAUUGCUGGUGUAUUUGAAGGCGAUGAAAUUACAGCCGCAUUUAUUGCCAAACGAAGGAAUCCAUCUUACAAAAAUUCAGCACUUUAUUUCCGUGCUGAUCCCGAUGCGGUUUAUGCAGAAACUCAUAUAAUCGAUUUGUCCGAGGUUGAUUCCUUAGUUGCGUUGUAUCCAUCACCCGAUGACGUCGUUAGUGCCAAAGAUGUAAAAGGCAAAAAAUUAGAUGGGGUAUUUAUUGGUGCUUGUACAACAGCCGAAGAAGAUUUGAUUCUUGCCGCUUUGGUUCUGGAACAAGGUCUUAAAAAGGGAUACGUACCUUCAAUCGGUGGUACAAGACGUGUUACACCAGGUAGCUUACCAAUAAUUGCGAAGUUACGUCGGCUUGGUCUAUUGAAAUUUUAUGAACAAGCUGGGUUCGAGAUUGGUGCCCCUGGUUGUUCUUAUUGCAUUGCUGUUGCAGCUGAUCAUGCUGGUGAAGGUGAAAUUUGGCUUAGUAGUCAGAAUAGAAACUUUAGAAACAGAAUGGGUAAAGGUGCCAUUGGAAACCUGGCGUCUGCUGCUACAGUUGCUGCGUCAUCUUUUGAGAUGAAAGUUCGUGACCCAAGAGAAUUGCUUGAUUGUAUUGACGCAGAAAAGUAUAACGAAUACCUCGAACAGUGGUUAGAUCAAGGUGCACCAUUCGUAAUUUCAGAACCAAACCCUGUUCUCCAUGAUCCCAACAACCCUUCAUCACAAGGUUCUAGUCUCCCAUCGCCGCCUGCUUCAUUUUCCGCAUCGUUUACUGGGAAGGUACAGCGUUUUGAAGACAACGUGGACACAGAUGCAAUAAUCCCUGCCCAAUUUAUGCCCGGUACGAGCGACGAAGAUCUAGGUACUCAUGCAUUCCAAUACGUAAAACCGGAUUUCGCUGAGAAAGUAAAGCAAGGAUACGAUAUAGUCGUUGGAGGUAAAGGAUUCGGUUCUGGUUCGUCAAGAGAAGAGGCGCCAAGAGCUCUGAAAGGCGCUG